GCAGCGCGUUCCUUCUCCCGUCCGGCCGCCGCCCUCCCUUCCCGCCGCCCUCCGCCUCCAUCUCCGCGCCACCACCGAGCAGGAGAGCGCGGCCGGUGGAGCCGCCAGCAAAGAUGCUGAGCUUUUUCCGCCGCACUCUGGGGCGCCGGUCCAUGCGCAAGCAUGCGGAGAAGGAAAGGCUGAGAGAGGCCCAAAGGGCUGCAACCCACAUCCCUGCAGCUGGGGACGCCAAAUCCAUCAUUACCUGCCGAGUGGCGCUGCUGGACGGCACAGAUGUCAGUGUGGACUUACCGAAAAAAGCCAAAGGCCAGCUCCUGUUUGAACAAAUCAUGUAUCAUCUGGACCUUAUAGAAAGCGACUACUUUGGAUUAAGGUUCAUGGAUUCAGCACAAGUGGCACAUUGGCUGGACAACACAAAAAGCAUUAAAAAGCAAGUCAAAAUUGGCCCCCCAUAUUGUCUGCAUUUUCGUGUAAAGUUUUACUCGUCAGAGCCCAACAAUCUACGUGAAGAGCUAACAAGGUAUUUAUUUGUGCUGCAGCUGAAACUGGAUAUUCUUAGUGGAAAAUUGGAAUGUCCUUUUGACACCGCAGUCCAACUGGCAGCUUAUAACAUGCAAGCUGAACUUGGAGACUAUGAUCCUGCAGAGCAUGUCCCUGAGCUGGUGUCUGAGUUCCGGUUUGUUCCCACUCAGACUGAAGAGAUGGAAUUGGCUGUUUUUGACAAGUGGAAGGAAUGCAGGGGACAAACACCAGCACAGGCUGAAACUAACUACUUAAACAAAGCUAAGUGGCUGGAAAUGUAUGGUGUAGACAUGCACAUAGUCAAGGCAAGAGAUGGUAAUGAUUACAGCCUGGGACUAACGCCUACAGGAGUUCUGGUCUUUGAAGGAGACACAAAGAUUGGUUUGUUUUUCUGGCCAAAGAUAACAAGGCUUGACUUCAAGAAGAACAAACUCACUCUAGUUGUUGUUGAAGAUGAUGAACAGGGAAAGGAGCAGGAGCACACUUUUGUCUUUAGACUGGAUCAUCCCAAAGCCUGCAAACACUUGUGGAAAUGUGCAGUGGAGCACCACGCCUUCUUCCGGCUCCGAGGGCCUGUCCAGAAAAGCUCCAGUCGGUCUGGCUUCAUUCGCUUGGGAUCUCGCUUCCGAUACAGUGGGAAAACAGAAUAUCAAACCACAAAGACCAACAAAGCCAGGAGGUCAGCAUCCUUUGAAAGAAGGCCCAGCAAGAGAUACUCAAGACGAACACUGCAAAUGAAAGCAUACACUGCUAAAAUGGAAGAAACAAGUGCUGCAAACAAUGCUAUUAUCAGCCAAAAUAAUGGAUCACAAAGCUGGAAUGCAAAGCCAAACCUACCUGUCCUAACAGCAGUUCCUUCUGCACCAAUAUUAGUGGAAAUAGAAAACCUCCCAAGGAGCCCAGGAGCCAGCCAGCAAGAUAAGAAGUGCAUACCUCUUGUUGAUUUGCUAGACAGCACAGAGUUGCCAGAAACUUGUGUGGAUGAUGCUGUGGGCCGUCCAGUUGUUGGCUUGGCAACAGGAGAUUCAGAAGAAGCUGUUAGUUGCCCUCCUCCUGGCACGAAGGAAACUGCUGCAGAAAAAACAGACUCUGAUUCAUUUGAAGACACAUUCCUAAAACUGAAACAGCUGGAGACAGAGUGCAGCAGCCCUGUGCCAACUGAGCGUCCCAACGUAAACAUAAACAUACAGGAUGAAGUGGUGAAGUUGACAGAUAAAUGUCUUAACAAUGCAAUCGAGAGCCCAAUCAUAGCAGCAAAGUGGCUUCCAGCAGAUCUCAAAAGCAAUAUUCUGAAGGCCCAGGUGGAAGCAGGGCACAAGGUUGGAAAAGAUGACAGCAUGGCAGGUGUCAAGAAUUCCAAUAUUCAGGAGGCUGCUGCCAGGAACAUUAUCCUGUCAGGCAAAUCACAGAGCAGUCCCCCAGCAACCAGUCCGGUAUUUCAAGAUUCAAGAGAGCUGCUGAGAGCAAUCCCUGCUUCAAACACCUUUGUUCCUAAGACGCUGAAUGAGGACAAUGCUGACUCUAACCACGAGGACCUGCUAAUUCCAGCUAAUCUGGCUCAAACUGAGGCUGCUGUUUCAAAGAGCACUCCAGAUGACCAGGACGUUUCCUUAACAUCACUGACAGAGAAUCUAAUUGACUUUACAGAAGCCACACCUCGGGUGUCUUCCCAGCCCAUCAUAGCGCCGAGGUGGAUAGUGCCAACAGGACUGAUUUCCAAUGGGCCUUUGGGAAAUAAUGUUGCCUUAUCUUUGAAGGCAGUGAAAGGCAGCACGGAGACCCUGAUGUCCUCAGCUGCACUGACACCAUCCCAGCAGACACCUGAAGUCCUUGGGAGCCCAGUUACUGAGGAUACUACAGUAAAAACGAAAUGUUUACUCACCACUGAACUCUAGAAGAAGGAGUCUCUGAAACCCUCACCUUGUAAAAACUCAAAUCUUUUAACAUAUCUUCAAGGGAUCCUUCCAAAAGACUUGCUUGGGAUCAAACUCAUGUGGAACAGGAGUCAGCCGGCUGGUUUGCCAGGAUCCAGGAGGAGACUUCUACAUUUAUCACAAUCUAACUGGAAUUGCAGCCUGAACCGGGAUGUAAAACCACAUGCACAUUUGAUCUUCUCCCUCGGGAGAAGCCAAAUGUCACACUGGAGCUAGUUCUGAACUGAGGAAAAGAAAACAGUUGUGUUCUGCUCGUGCUAGGUUAAUUGUUCCUUACCCUGAGCCGGCUCUGGUGCUGCUGGGAGGUGUUUCAGAGCUGUGGGGUGUGAGCACGGGCCGUGGCGGCUGUGGAAUAAUGAACAUCACAGGGAUGAGGAGAACUCACAGGGCCACCUCGUGGCCGUGCCCUGCACGGGCUCUCCAUGGUGGUCAUUGUCCCGUACAGCCAAGGACUUUUUCUUCUGUGUGAUUAUUCCCUCUGGUUUUCUUUCAUUUUACCAACACAUACUCUGCUUUUUGGCCUUAACCCCCUUAAUAAUCCUUGCACAGCCUAUUACAGUACCUGGAAAGCAUGAAAAUCUAGUCCAUCAGUGACCAGCUACGUAGACUGGAUUUGAGCUGCUGCUCAUUGUAAUCAGGAAAGUGCAAAUUACCUGCCAAACAGCUUGUAGCAUUAGCAGAAUACAGCAGAGGUCCCACAUUUGACACUGAUAAUUUCAUUUCCUACAUGAUUCAAAUACAUGUAUUUUAGAUUAGAGAUCUGUAUGUUUUAAAAGCCAAAGCAGUGAAGGUGUGAGUGCAGCUUACUUCAGGAACCACUUAUUGAUUAGUAGUGUUGUCUUCUAGGACUAGGGAAAAAAAAAAAAAAAAUAAUUUUCUUGUUUCUCUUCAUGCUGUUUCUGGGUGAUUUUUCCAGAUGCUGUGCUUCAGGAAUACUCGGCAAGUAUUUUUGCAGCAUGAAGGUACAACUAGAUCAGUUUUUAACACCACUUUGAAUUCUAUUUCAGCUGUCAUCUAAUAGUUAUGUGUGGAACAAAUAAUAGACUAGGAUGAAAAUAGGAAAAAAAGAUGAAAAAUUCCUGUAAGCAAUUCACUUCUCUCUAGAAGGAAGGUAAGAGCACACACUCCACAGAGCAGGUGAGGGUCUUUGGGUGCUCAGGUGAAGUUUGGGGUAUAGUGCAUACAGUUCAAGAGAUCAUUUGAGAUCUGGGCAGCAGUAUCAUCACGUGAACCCUGGUGAUAUACCCUGUGAAAAAAGUAAUGCAGAGUCAGAGGGAGAAGAAACGAAGGUGGUGAAUCCCACAUUUAACA